CGCAGGCCGGCGGGCGGCGGCGGAGUCCGAGCCGCGCGCCCCUCCGCGUCCUCGGCCGGUGCGGGGCUGGCGCCUCCGGGGAGCCAUGGUGCUGGAGCAGGAGGACGUUCGUAGUUCCUUGCAAUUCUGAGGCACAAAAGUAGGUGAGACUGCUUUUGUAUCUGCGAAGUGCUUCGCUCCUGAAUGUAAUUCUAGCUGAGUGCAAUCUAGGUUAAGAGCCGGACAAGCGGGUAAUUAGAGCCCGCUCGCUGCCCGAGGAGCGGCCGCCCCGCCGAAGCGCGCCCGGAGUCGGCGCCCUUCUCCCCGGCCGAGCCGAGCUGCGGCUGGACACGGAGCGCCCGAGAUGAUGGUGCUGGACAAGGAGGACGGCGUGCCGAUGCUCUCCGUCCAGCCCAAGGGGAAGCAGAAGGGCUGUGCGGGCUGCAACCGGAAGAUCAAGGACCGCUACCUGCUGAAGGCCCUGGACAAGUACUGGCACGAGGACUGCCUCAAGUGCGCCUGCUGUGACUGCCGCCUGGGCGAGGUGGGCUCCACCCUCUACACCAAGGCCAACCUCAUCCUGUGCCGCCGCGACUACCUGAGGCUUUUCGGCACCACAGGAAACUGCGCCGCCUGCAGCAAGCUGAUCCCAGCCUUCGAGAUGGUGAUGCGGGCCCGGGACAACGUAUAUCACCUCGACUGCUUCGCAUGCCAGCUCUGCAACCAGAGAUUUUGUGUGGGAGACAAAUUCUUCCUGAAGAACAACAUGAUCUUGUGUCAGAUGGACUAUGAGGAGGGACAGCUCAAUGGCACCUUUGAAUCCCAGGUUCAGUAAUGCCCGGCGCCUGGCCUCCAGGCCCAUCUGUCCGUCUGCCUGUCUGCCCGUCUGCCCGUCUGCCCACCCGCCUGGCCGGCCAGCCACUCUCCUGCCGAUUAGAACUCCUCCGUCCUCGAUGGGAGGGACGGCCCUUCCUCUGCCGCCCGUCUGUGUGUGACCCCUCCUGGGGCCAGGCUGGGCCUGUACAGUCUGUCUUCUGUAUAUAAAUGGGAACAUUUAUUUUAUGAGAAAUGUAAUGCGAUUUUAUUACUGGCGUGGAUUAAACUUAUGAAUGUUUCCGGGGA